AUGGCGACGUUAGCAAGGUUACCCUUCCCGCUUGGCUCAGGCAGGGUUAUGGACGCCAUUGCAAACGAACAGAAGAAAACCUCACUGCCUCCCUCCUCUUCACCAUGGCGUCGCCGUUGCAGACCGCCCCUCGCCAAGCUGAAGUCACCGGGAGAUCCGCCUUGUUCUCCUCUUCCUCCACGUAUAAGGAAUCGACCCAAAAGCUUCUCAAUCGUCGCCAAAUUCGCGGAUUCCUUCUCCAACUCCGGCGAGUUCAUCGUUGAUUCCGGCAGUUGUGAAGCGUCCCCGGUCUCCUCGUCUGCGCCAAGAGCAUCAGGGUCGACGUCGCCGGCGACUCUCCGGUGGUUCCCCGCGGCAAGCAUCGACACCAUCAGAGCUCCGCGGUGGUCCACUUCAAAAGGGUGUGCGCCCGUUUUCCUUCAACAUCCGAACAGCAGUCCAGCUGAUCCAGCGCCUACCGGGCCUCAGCCCAGGUCCGCCGGCUCAGAUCAACGCCCGAUGCGGCCCAACUCAAUCCGACACCAAGCUCGCCAGAUCCGGCCCAGAAACAGCGCAGCAUUUGCUUCUUCUCGGAUAGGAUCACGAAGUGUUGAUGUGAGAUACGACGAGUUCUCCGACAAGUUCUUCUGCAGCUUUUCACAGGUACGAGAUGGCGACGUUAGCAAGGUUACCCUUCCAGCUUGGCCCGGGCAGGGUUAUGGACGCUCGCUGUUAUCUUCGAGGACUCUUAGUCCAAUUUCGUCGAUGGCACCGAGAAGCAAGGUGGCCCUCAAUGCCGCAAAGUUGACAGGGGACCUUGGUGCCACAGCCGGACACUACCGUGGCACGGCCGCGGCCAGCGAUGUUCUUUGUUGGGGCGAGGCGGUGGGGCUGGCUGGCGUGGCUGCGGCGAAGGCCCACCCGGCGCGCGCGGCUGCCGCCGAGGGCCACGUCCACCACCGCGGUAGGCCGCGUUGGCUGCGGCAUCGGAGGGACCAUCGGGACGCAUCUUCGAGCGACGUUGCUCGGUAUUGA